AUGGCUUUGAGAAUGGGCUGGACUAAAAACGUUAACAGGCAGGCCUGUUUAUACUUCCUCUUUGUACCAACAUUCUUGCUCUACACCUUGGCCCUGGCAGGUUGUCUUUCCACGUCCCCUGGGAUCCCAAACAUCUUCCUCGUCCAGAUCACUGCACAGGACUCUGGCGGUAAGCUUAAAGUUGGCUACUUUGGAAUGUGUAGUGUUUUCAUGAACUCUACGGAUUCGCAGUUGUGCUCCACCACCUGUGGUAUCUCGACAGAAGACCUACUCCAGAGGCUCUCCCCUCAGGAUGGAAGGAGCGCCGUGACUGAUAACCUCGUCGAGUUUGGUCUUACUCUCGCUUCCAAGAUUCUGCUUCCAAUUCUUGCAGGGGGAGGGGUUGCUUUCACACUGGGUAUAGUCCUUUUCUUAUUUUUCCAAAUAAGAGUGAAAAACCCUUCCGUCCAAGGAGGAGCACUGCAGCUGCUUGAGUCGACCUCGCUUGCUUUUGUGGGACUAUCGUGCGUUCUCUGCUUUGGCGCGGCAACCUCCAUUACGAUGGCCGUGGGCGCUAUGCGAUACUGCGAUAACAAAGCAGAUGCGCCAACAGACGAAAUCGAAGCCGGCAAGCCACUUCAGAUAAUACAAUGGAUGACAUUUGCCUUUUCCGUCCUUAUAGGGGUUGGCUUAAGGGAUAUCAUGAAAUCAUCUUCCUCGACUCAGAAGGCUCCAACCCAAGCGGCAAAGCAGCCUAGACAGCCACUAGCGACUGCUAUUGAUUUCUGA